UACAAUUUGAUGUUCAAGUAAGAAACAGGAGUAAGAGAAACCGGCGACUUUGCAGUGAAAGGUCUCUUUUUUAUGGGAGUAUGCUGAAACUAGUUUCUGAAAUGUUGUGCGCUCGAGGAGGUCAGAAGUUGAGGCCUUUUCUAUGUGCACAAGUUAGUGGCUUUCAUACUUCAAAGCCUGGUUUAGCACCUAGAAGCUUUUUCGGGGUGGAAGAUUUCGUUGAUGAUGACAAUAGCCGUCCAUAUACUUAUCAGAAGGGGAAAAAAUCGAAGAACCCAAACAAGCAUGUUUCUUUCAAGCAACGGACUGUAGCUUACAUGGAACCGUUCACACUUGAUGUUUUCAUAUCAAAGCGCUUUGUUUCAGCCUCAAUCACCCAUAGAGUUACAUGCAAACAGGUUGCAGUAGCUGGUACAAACUCCAAAGAUAUCAAGGCAGUGCUCAAAUCACGAAGUGAUAUUCCUGCAUGCUUGUCUGUCGGACAGAUAUUGUCCGACAGGGCAAGAGAGGCUGAUGUAUACACUGCUUCUUAUACACCUAGGGAUAGGGACAAAUUCGAAGGGAAAAUUAGAGCAGUUGUUCAGUCCCUCAUUGAUAAUGGUAUCGACAUCAAAAUUUAUCUUGACUGAAAAAAGGUACUAUGUCUACCUGUUGUAUCCAAAUAUAUUAAAUCAUCUUAAAGUAAUGAACCCUUAUUGCAGUCUACUUAGUAUUUCUUAUAGUCUGAGAUUGUCAUAAGCCCCUCUUUGUGGAGAAGGCUGGCUUACUCACUUUUUUCUGAUUGAUUGAUCGGCCUAUCCCAUCUUUACUAGAGAAGACCAAGCAGUCGUGAAGCCUUGACCUGGAUUGGAUAUAUGUAUGCCCUAACAUAGAGUUGAGGAACCUAUAAUACAGGCUUUGGAUGCUCCAAUCUUGCUGCGUAUACCUGGACAGUAUUCAUUGUACAUUUCCAUCUUCUGUUCCGCUGUCAUCAUCAGAAGCUCCAAGGACCAACACAGCUAGAAAGCAACAUCAGGGGCUCACUAGUGCAUUCCCCAUAUACAUAACUACCAAUACAACUGUACAACUUGUUCUACGACUGUUGAACUCGUUUUGGAGGGGGAUGAGGUGUAGGUUUAUACAUUUCUGUUUCUUUUAUUGACAAAAAAUGUUACUUUAGGUUAUAAGUAUCAUGUAAAGAUUGUGAGAAAGAAUGUAAAUUUAAUUAGGAAGAAUGGAUUGUACACUCUAUAGCACUUGACUCAAGCUUAUAAUCAAAAUGAGCCCAUUUUUUCA